AUUGAUCGAUAUUUACCCCACACGUUCGUCAUUCAGCAAGCUUGUAAUUAGCUAAUAGACGCUUGUGGCCAAGUUCCAACGUCGAGCACCAGGUUUUGUGAUUUAGCUGUGUAUUGGCUCGGCGAGGUUCAACCUGAAACUGAGACAUGGGGUUCCUUAGCGGGCUAUCCGCUGUGCUCGCGUUUCGCACUGUUCCAACUACUAUCCUCAUAACAGUCAUCUAUGUGGCAGUCUUCAGCACUUUACUGGUCACCGACCAGCUCCCCUCUGUGCCCAAGCAUACACAGGGCUUGGAUUUUCAGCAGACAUACAGAGACUUACACGAGGUGGCCGCUCGUCCGCAUCCCUUCAACUCGCAUGCCAAUGUUUUAGUUCGUUCCUACAUCUUGAACCGAGUAAAAGAUAUCGCUUCUUCCUAUGACCAUGUCUCUGUGGAUUUCGACCUUUCUUCAAAUGCGUCUUGGGCUUCAGGACUCCUCUCCACCAACCCGUACGCCGUAUACUACGAGUCUGACAAUGUAUUGGUCAAGGUCGAGGGAAGCGAUAAGGGAUUUCAAGAGUCAGGCGGACUUUUGCUCAGCGCACACUGGGACUCUGUCAGCACCGCUCCCGGGGCGACAGAUGAUGGUAUGGGCGUAGUGACGCUUUUGAGCAUGGUGAAGUACUUUGCGGAGAACAGGCCAAGCCGGACGGUGGUCUUCAACAUCAAUAAUGGCGAAGAAGACGGCUUAAAUGGAGCGCAUGUUUUCAUGGAGCAUCCGUGGGCCAACAUCACUGAUACUUUCUUGAACCUUGAAGGUGCUGCGGCGGGAGGACGGCCACUACUUUUCCGAGCGACUUCUCGCGCUCCUCUGGCGUCAUGGAGCACUUCUCGUCCGCACGCAAAUGUCAUCACUGGCGACGCGUUUGCGCGUGGUGUUAUUCGCAGUGGUACAGACUACUCGGUUUACGAACAAGCUGGACUCAAGGGACUAGAUUUUGCUUUCUACCGCGGCAGGAGCAGGUAUCACACGAAGUACGACUCUAUCCCUGGUAUGACCGGUGACAAGAGCAAAAACGCGCUGUGGGCAAUGAUGGAAGGAACAUUGUCGUCGAGCGUCAUGCUUGCAAACGACGCAAAGGGCAAAACGAGGACCGAGUCAGUUGGACAAGGAAGUGAGCCGGUGUAUUUCGAUCUCUUUGGUGCGAUAAUGAUCGUGUUCACACUCCAAACUCUGUGGAUCGUAAAUAUCGUCCUCCUUACCGUCGGACCUGUCAUUCUUUUAACGUUGGUCUACUUCGAGCAUAUCAUCAGAGUCACGUCUCGCAUUCGUUCUGGAUACUAUCGCGCCCAACAUGCUGAUGCACACCGCGAGAGCUUUAUGACGCGUGCGUCGACGGAAAUAAAGCAUUUCCUGAAAAGUUUUUGGGUCUGGUCUAAAUUCUGGACUGCUUUGGUACUUGGUGUCGGCUUCCAGAUGCUUUUGGUGGUCGGGUAUGCGAAGCUGAAUCCAUUUGUCAUUCACACUCACCCUUGGCUUGUACUUGCGUCCGCCCUGUCGCUUGCUUAUCUCACGACAGUCCUCGCUCUCACUUUCCCACUGACGAAACAUGGCGUUGUCCCUGCUCCAGAACAGCAAAAGCUGUCUAUCCUCCUCCAUCAGUAUGUUCUAACAUGGGCGCUGCUCGUAUAUGCAACAUCAGUCGUCACGCUGGGAGGAACAUAUUUCAUAACUGCGUGGAACGCUGUGGUUCUCCUUGGAGCUGUGCUCGCGUGUGUUGAAGGUAUGACUGGUGCUCGGGGAUAUGAAGACGAGGAAGAGAUUGUUGGGGGUGGUAGGCAGAGGCGUCGCGUGCGAGGUAUCCACUACGAUGCCGUGGGCACCGCCGAGAAUGGCCAUCAGGAUUCCGAGAACGGGCACCAGCGCGUGGGCGUAAUUGAGGAAACCGAGCCGACAGAGAUUACACCUCUCAUCGCUCAGCGUGGCGAGCACGCGCCGUCAGGUGAAGAGCAGGGCGCUAUUGGCUGGUGGAUUGCCCAGUUGUUGGUUGUUGUGCCGCUGCCGGUUAUCCUAGUGUCUCAUAUCGCAGUCAUCUUAAUAUUCGCGAUGAAUCAGACGCUCACAGACGGAACCAGUCCGUUUGGUGUUUAUGGAGCGGUCUCGAUGCUGGCGUUACUCAUUGUUAUCCCCCUUGCACCAUUCAGCAUGAACAUGCAUCGCUGGCUGAACGGCAUCAUUCUCCUAAUAUUCGUCCUGUCAACACUCUACACCUAUCUGGUAUUCCCAUUCUCACAAGAAGCGCCACUCAAAAUCUAUUUUGCUCAAAGUGUGGACCUAGACACGUCUCGCGUGGUCACUGCACUGACUGGGCCUCGUCAAUUCCUGUCGACCGCCAUUAUCCCCCGCUUCCCAUCUGCAUUUGACCAAGCCAUCAAUUGUACGGAGGCUCCAGACAAGCUCGGCCUGCAGACUUGUAAAUGGGAGGUUGGGGAUGCGUUUGUGCCCUCUCCCGGUGGACUCAAGCGUCAUCUUGAGCAGGACCCUACAUCGCCCUUGGAGAAGGAAGGGAAGUGGGUAACCACAUCUAUCAAGCGCACAGGAUCAAACAGCGCGCGCAUCAAGGUACAGGGAUUGAAUACUCGAAGCUGCACUCUCCAGUUCUCCGGCAAACGCGUAAAAAGCUUCCAUCUUUCUGGCGACAGCGGAAAAGGUCUCCAAGGUGGUUCUGAGGUACCCGAGGACGGGCUCGAGCAAAUAAGACUGUGGAGUCGUGAUUGGGAGAAGGAGUUUGAAGUGGACGUUGAUUUCGCGGGAGGCGAGGAUGAAAAGGCCAAGGGGCGCGUGAGCUGUGGCUGGGCAGAGUAUGAAAGUGCUACGGUUGGUGGAGGGCGUACUGGGGGCAAGAUUCCGUCGCUGGAGGAGGUGCUCCUUUUCUUGCCGGAGUGGGCGGUCGUCACCAAGAGUUCGGCCGCGCUGUUUGACGCUGGGCGGGAUUUUGAGGUUUGAAUGCUAGGGCUUGAGAAGGCUGUGCAUUAUCUAUUGAACUGGUAUUUGACGGCUGAUCAUGUAGCCCAUGUACUGGGUGAUGCUUUUUGCCAGAUAGCAUUUACCAUUGCUUGGACCUUGGAUAAAUGAUCACGCGGAGGCUACGCCUUCACAGAAAUUUGGAACCUAUGUGGUCUAAUGCGGGCUUGAUGUUCUUCAGAUGCCUUCGCCAAAUGUUCGCGAUACAAACGCCAGCCGCGACGAGUCGUCGAUGACACGCAAUGUUUAAACAGGCAACACGUGAUACAUCACGUGGUAAUAUUAAGGCGUCUAAUAACAUUCA